AUGCCGAAUCCCGAAUCUUCCCGUCAAUCCAACCGCCAAUCGCACCGCUCCAAAACUCGACCGUCGUCUUCCGCCGUUCGGUCCAAACCUCGGCCCAAAGACAGAGUCCCGCUCACGAAGCUACUCCGAGUAGCGUCAGUGGCCGGCGGGAUUCAGUUCGGAUGGGCUUUGCAGUUAUCUCUUCUAACCCCCUAUGUGCAGCAGCUCGGGAUUCCGCAUGCGUGGGCGAGUAUUAUAUGGUUAUGUGGACCGCUUUCCGGGCUUAUUGUUCAGCCGUUGGUUGGGCAUUUGAGUGAUCGGUGUACGAGUCGAUUUGGAAGGAGGAGACCGUUUAUCUUAGCCGGAGCUAUUUCGAUUGCUUUGUCUGUGCUCAUCAUUGGUCAUGCGGCGGAUUUGGGAUGGAAGUUUGGUGAUACGGAGGAGCAUCGCCGAUCCGCGGUCGCGUUUUUUGUUUUCGGGUUUUGGAUUUUGGAUGUUGCUAAUAAUGUCACUCAAGGUCCUUGUAGAGCUUUGCUCGGUGAUCUAACCGGUAAGGAUCAUCGAAGGACACGAGUUGCAAAUGCUUAUUUUUCCCUAUUUAUGGCUAUUGGUAACAUUCUUGGAUAUGCAACUGGAGCAUACAGUGGUUGGUACAAGGUCUUUCCUUUCACACUUACCCCUGCAUGCAAUAUCAGUUGUGCAAAUCUCAAGUCUGCUUUCUUUCUGGACAUUGGUUUCAUGCUCAUCACCACCUACAUCAGUAUCAUGGCAGCUAAAGAAGUGCCUCUUGGGUCAAGUGGGGCACCCGAUGCCGAAGCAGAAGGGGGAGUCAGGUGGUAG